AUGUGGAUCCUUCCACUCUUGGUAGGCUCAUCUAUUCCUCUUCGAUCCGGAAACACACUAUCCCUCCCGUAACAACUACUGAACACCAUCGAUACAGGGCUACCUAGGCCUCCUCCUCGGCUUCCUCUUCCUCACCCUCGCAAUUGCCUCCGGCCUCUACUACCUCUCCGAACUGGUCGAAGAGCACACCGUCCUCGCAAAGAAGAUCCUCACUCGCAUGAUCUACGCCGUCACCGCGAUCCAAGUCCUCCUCGCCCUCUUCGACAAAUUCCCGUACCUCCCCUCCCUCUUCAGCAUCGGCUCGCACUUCAUCUACAGCCUCAAUCUACGGCGAUUCCCCGUGGUAAAGCUCACAGACCCGAUCUUCUUGCUGAGCUGUGGACUGGUGCUGGUGAACCAUUGGCUGUGGUUCCGGCAUUUCAGCGCGCCGCCGCACAAUUCGACCGGGGGGCGGUAUAAUUAUUACGAUCAGGCGAAUAUUCCGACGUUUACGGAGAUUGCGAGUUUCUUUGGACUGAACGUGUGGCUGGUCCCGUUUGCUCUCUUCGUGAGCUUGAGUGCCGGAGAGAAUGUUCUGCCGAGUAUGGGCAGUGAAUACGCGACUGGGCAGGGGAGUAGUUUCAUUUCUCCUGGAGCUGAUCACGCCCCGACUGCGGGUUCGAUCAACGGUGGGAUUGGAGAGAUUAGGACACGGUCGAGGAGGAGUAAUACCCAGACAGGCAUGGCCAAGGCGGCUGUCAAUAAUGUGAGAACCUGGGUGUCCGAAACAGGAGAGCUCAUGGGCUUUUGGAGAGCGGAAAAGACAAGGCCAUUAUGA